AUGUCUCCCCGCGGCGUUAUCAGGGAUAUCAUCAUCACGCCUGUGGCAUUUCAUGACAUGCCCCUGCUGAACAGUGUCGGUGUACAUGAACCCUUCGCACUCCGCAGCAUUAUCGAGGUCGUCACGGACGACGUCUACGGGCUAGGCGAAUCCUACGGCGACUCAACCCACCUGGGCCGCCUGCAACUGGCAGCCGAUCGAAUCAAAGCAAAGAACCUCAAAGUGUACGACACCAACUCCAUCUACCAGAUAUGCGUCGACUCCCUCAAGGGCGACACCACAACCGGCGGUGACGGCAUGGCAGGCAUGGUGACCACUGCUUCCGUUGCUGACAAGGUCUUUUCUCCUUUCGAGGUUGCCUGCCUCGACAUACAGGGCAAAAUGGCAGGCAUCCCUGUCAGCGAACUGCUCGGAGGCCGUGUAAGAGACAAUGUUCAGUACUCGGCAUACCUUUUCUACAAGUGGGCUGGCCACCCCGGAGACGCAGAUGAUGAGUACGGCGCGGCGCUAGAUCCGGAAGGACUAGUAAAGCAGGCUCGGAAGAUUAUUGACGAGUUCGGGUUUAAGGCAAUCAAGCUCAAGGGCGGUGUCUACCCGCCAGCUCAGGAGGUCGAAGCUAUCAAAGCCCUCCACGCAGCUUUCCCAGGCGUACCCCUGAGAUUUGAUCCCAACGCCGCCUGGACGGUGGAGACGUCAAAAUGGGUUGCCAGGGAGCUCGAUGGUAUUGUUGAGUACCUCGAAGAUCCUGCACCGGAGAUCGAAGGGAUGGCUGCCGUGGCCAAAGAAGCCUCCAUGCCCUUGGCCACCAACAUGGCUGUCGUCGCCUUCGCCCAUCUCCCCCCCUCCAUUUUGCAAAACGCCGUUCAGGUGAUCCUCUCCGACCAUCACUUUUGGGGAGGCUUGCGCAGGUCCCAGACAUUGGCAGCUAUCUGCGCGACGUGGGGUAUGCGGCUUUCAAUGCACUCCAACAGCCACCUGGGCAUCUCUCUUGCGGCCAUGACCCAUCUAGCUUCGGCGACCCCUAACCUCGACUACGCUUGCGACACUCACUGGCCUUGGAAGCCGCGCGAUGAGGAUGUUGUUGUUGAUGGCGCGAUCAAGUGGGUAGAUGGCGGCGUGGAAGUUCCCACUACACCGGGACUUGGGGUUGAGCUCGAUAGGAAGAGGUUGGCAAAGCUUCAUCAGCAAUAUCUGGAUUGUGGGUUGCGGAAGCGCGAUGAUACUACAUAUAUGCAGAAGUUCCAGCCAGAUUUCUCCGCCAAGAUCCCCAAGUGGUGA